UGCAAGCCAUAACUUAAACUCCAGUGACCACCGACUGAGGAUAUAAUGACUGUGAAAAGCUAUGGCUUUUACGGUAUAUAUAUGUAUAAACAAAUUAAAACCCAAGUUGCUCUUCAUUCUUUAGUGAUCAAGAAAGAGAAAAUCCAUUAGCAAACCCAUCCAGAGAGUCCAGAGCUUUCUCUUGAAAGUUAUCAGAUACAAUCAAGAUCCCCUACGGCUUAGCUGUUUAUUUUUUAGACCCUAUUGCCCAUACGCCCAUAACGCCUUUGUCAGUUUUCUUUAUAUAUAUAUAUAGAGAUAGAUUCGUAGAUUCGUCUAUGUAUAGAGAGAUAGCCAUGUUCUCUUUAACAUCAGGCAAGAAUAACAGUACUACUUCUGCUGCAAAAGAGAUUAUUAGAGAGAAGAGAAUGAAGAUCAAAUGUGAUGUUUGUGGCAUGGCUGAGGCCUCUGUGUUUUGUUCUGCAGAUGAAGCUGCUCUUUGUGAUGGUUGUGAUCGCCAUGUCCACCAUGCAAAUAAGCUUGCAAGCAAACACAUGCGCCACUCUCUUCUUCAUCCUUCCUCUAAACAAUCCCCUCUUUGUGAUGUCUGUCAGGAGAGACGAGCCUUCCUCUUCUGCCAAGAAGAUAGAGCUAUUCUUUGCAGAGAAUGUGAUCUUCCAAUCCACAAAGCCAAUGAACAUACCAAGAAACACAACAGAUUUCUUCUCACAGGCGUCAAGCUCUCUACUUCUUCUUCUUUAUACCCAAGAUCACCUUCUUCCAACAGCUGCAACACAAGUAUGAACACUAACAAUAGGAAAAGCCCCCAGCAGACAUGCCUACAUAAUCCCUGUAGCUUUUCCAAUGAAAUCUUCAGUUGUCCUUCGGUUGAAAUACAAUCACCGUCAAUAGCAAAUGAUAGUCACCACAGCGAUAACAUUUCAAUUUCAACGAGUAGCAUUUCUGAGUACUUAGAGACACUUCCGGGCUGGCGAGUCGACGAUUUCCUUGAUCCUUCAAUUGCUCCUGAUGAUGGUUUCUGUAAGGGUGUUAGCGUUGAGACUCAUGAACACUACCCCUUCUGCUGACUUUAUCCCUGCGAAUUUGAUGCAGAGUUUUUCCAAUUUUUCGCCAUUGGUGGAGGAUCAAGAUCUUGAAAGCCAUAUUAGUUCUUUUUCCCAGGAAGAUUUAGCCUUCUGGGUACCUCAAGUCUCAACCCAAUUACCUCAACAAGAUCCUGCAUACCAUUCCCAGAUUAAAGGAGGUUUGCUUAAUGGAUCGAAGGAGUCCAAAGAAGUAAACAAUCGGAAAGAUAACAGGAAAUGGAUAAUUGAGGAUGCUUUUACAGUUCCUGAGAUGAGCCAUAAAGCAUUCAAGAAAUCCAGGCAUUUCCCAUAGAAGAACACGCAAAAUUUGUGCUUCAAGAGUUCUUCUGUUGAUCUGACUUCUGAGUCAGUUGAUGGCAACCAUUUUUUACUCUGAGAGAAGGAAGUGAAAGUGAAGUUUGUUUCAUGGGUUGCCUAGACCUGGAUAUUCGUGUUGAACACAUAUUUUUUUACUGUAUAUUUUAUAUCUUAAAUUUAUAUUAAAUCAAAUUAAAAAAAAAAAUCCUUAUUUCAUACCACCUUGUAAUUUCUUGGUCAACUGAAAACAGUGCACUAAGCAAGAUAUUUGCUGGAUUGGAAAAAGACCUCCACAUUAAUUAAAUGUGACUAUUACAACUUAUUGUUUAAUUGAACUUCUCUUUUUUGCAAUA